AUGCUCCCAGCCGUGCAGAUUGACGGGAGUGAUGGGAUGUGUCAACUAGAUAAAUCAUCCCUGGAUGAUGUAAUUGAACGAAAGGACUCAUCUGCUGUGUUCACACCGGAGCGAGACAAAGGCGACGAAGCGGACGAGUGGGGAGACGGCAUUACAAGCAUGGGCGUGGGCAAGAACACUACCACCAAACCUAUGGACAGCGGUAGCGAGGGAGGCAAAUAUGAAGAGGAGAACAAACAUGGAGCAGACUUCUACCCCAUUCCGGUGGUGGUGAAUGGAGUGGGAGGAGCCAAUGGGGACCAGGAUACAGAGAACACUGAGUUGAUGGCCAUCUACACAAAGGAUGUCCAAGGAGCGGAAAAGAGCUCAAUUUCAGAGACUUUGGACAGCUCAGACAGCACUGAUCCAAGGAGGAUGGACAUGAUCUAUAUCAUAGAAGACACGCCGCCUUGGUACCUUUGUGUGUUUUUGGGCCUACAGCACUAUUUGACAUGUUUCAGUGGAACCAUAGCGGUGCCAUUCCUCCUUGCUGAAGCAAUGUGUGUUGGCUUCGACCAGUGGGCUACGAGCCAGCUCAUAGGGACCAUCUUCUUUUGUGUUGGGAUUACAACCCUCUUACAAACUACGCUGGGCUGCCGGUUGCCGUUGUUCCAGGCCAGCGCGUUUGCCUUCCUUGCCCCAGCCAGAGCCAUUCUGUCACUGGACAAGUGGAAGUGCAACAACACAGAUAUACUAGAGACAAACAGCACCGAAAUUCUUCACACAGAACACAUCUGGCAUCCUAGGAUACGAGAAAUCCAAGGGGCAAUAAUCGUGUCAUCACUGGUGGAGGUGUGUAUCGGAGCGCUGGGUCUACCUGGGCUCCUCUUAAAGUAUAUUGGACCUCUGACCAUCACCCCCACUGUUGCCCUCAUCGGCCUGUCCGGUUUCCAGGCGGCAGGGGAGAGGGCGGGAAAACACUGGGGCAUUGCUAUGCUCACUAUUUUCCUGGUGCUACUCUUUUCCCAGUAUGCCCGAAAUGUGCACUUCCCGUUGCCGGUCUACAAAGCUAAGAAAGGCUGGACAUCCUACAGGCUGCAGGUGUUCAAAAUGUUCCCAAUCAUCAUGGCCAUCCUUGUGUCAUGGUUCCUAUGCUUCAUCUUCACGGUGACUGAUGUUUUUCCGCCCGAAAAGGGCAAAUAUGGCUUUUACGCCCGCACGGAUGCCCGCCAAGGAAUCUUAUCGGCUGCACCCUGGUUCAAGAUUCCUUAUCCAUUCCAGUGGGGUGUUCCAAGUGUAACGGCUGCAGGCGUGAUCGGCAUGAUGAGCGCCGUUGUAGCCAGCAUCAUUGAGUCUAUCGGCGAUUAUUACGCCUGCGCUCGUCUGUCGUGCGCACCUCCUCCUCCCAUCCACGCCAUCAAUAGGGGCAUAUUUGUCGAGGGCAUCUCCUGUGUGCUGGAUGGUCUUUUUGGCACAGGAAAUGGUUCCACCUCCUCCAGUCCAAACAUUGGCGUUCUGGGAAUAACAAAGGUUGGCAGUAGGCGUGUGAUCCAGUACGGAGCCGCUAUGAUGCUGCUGCUGGGCCUCGUGGGUAAAUUUAGUGCCCUCUUCGCUUCCCUGCCAGACCCUGUGUUGGGGGCUCUCUUCUGCACCUUGUUUGGCAUGAUCACCGCGGUGGGGCUGUCCAACCUACAGUUCGUCGACCUCAACUCUUCCAGGAACCUCUUUGUUCUAGGUUUCUCCAUCUUCUUUGGCCUGAUGCUGCCCAGCUACCUCAAAAAGAACCCGUUAGUUACAGGCAUUGUUGAGAUUGACCAAGUGUUAAACGUGCUCCUCACCACUGCCAUGUUUGUGGGAGGUUCAGUUGCAUUUAUUUUGGACAACACUAUUCCAGGUUCUCCUGAGGAGCGAGGCAUCAGGAAGCUAAAGCGUGGCACGGGUCCCAGUGCCGCUGAGCUGGAGGGGAUGCGAUCCUAUGACCUUCCCUUCGGAAUGGAUUUCAUUCGCAGACACUCUGUCUUUAAGUACCUCCCUAUCAGCCCCACCUUUGCUGGGUACCAGUGGGGGGCGCUGCGGGAAACCUGCAGAAGCAGGGCCGGCGAACACAAGGAUGCAACGGCAGGGGUGAUUGCCAUCACCGAUCGGCCAGCCCCUGGGGGCGAUCCCCUGCUGCGGCCCCAGCAGGCAGUCCCGCCAGACCCAGGGCAAUGUCAGCGGCCGUCUGGCGGGAGUGCUCGUCAUCGGGGACACAACAGGGGAAUGAACGCUGAAAAUGGGGCAUUCUCAGUGGACAAACCGACCGACAUCGGGUAG